CGUACCACGUUCGCGGUCACGACUAUAUACGAUAUUAUCAUAGCAAUAUGAUAAUAGAAUAAAUUGUUUGCUUCUCGUGAGAAAUGGCUAUUCAGCAUGUGUAUUCGCUGGAGCCCAUCACAGCCCUCGCAUAUUACCGCCAAGCUGAGAUUAUAGGGCAAAAUGAGUUGCUUUUGGUUGGAGAGGGUGCCUUUCUCAAGAUUUAUGAAGUUAAAUCCUCAAAGCUCAUCGCACAAUGCAGAGUCUUCAACUCCCAAACUGUCCACGGGAUCGCCGCGCAGGGGGACCAAGGAUCUGGCGAUGGCCUGAUAGCAAUCUGGGGAGGCCGUUCAUUUACCUUGCUUGACGAUGUUGACUUGAAAAACAUCAUAUCAGGUGACAAGAGCUCACUCGUUUCCAACGAGAAGGUCGCCCCUGACUGGCUGCUGGCCUGCGCCAUUUCUCCCUUUGAUGCUUCCGGGGGUUGCAUUUUUAUUACAGCCCACAGCGUUCCCCUACAUGUUCUACCACUCGAUGGUUCAAAGCAACUGUCUGUGCGGCGCCUCUCGUCUCCCUCCCGCUCGAUUCUCUACUCUGCCAAUAUUGUCUGGAGUUCAGAGUCUUCAAUUAUGGUCGCAGCAGGCACGGUAUUUGGAGAAAUCGAAAUUAUUGCCUUGAAGAUGAGUAUUUCGGACUCCACAGAAAGUAGCGAGAUACUUUUCACUUUCACCGGCCACGAAGGAUCGAUAUUCGGGGUCCAGAUCUCCCCUGAGAUAAGAGGGCCAGACGGACAACUUACCAGACUACUGGCUAGUUGUAGCGAUGACCGAACCAUCAGGUUAUGGGAUCUCUCGCCGUUAAAUAGCAACCCAACAGAUCCUCCAUUAACAAAACGCAUGUUAAAGGAUACUGGUUUUGGCGGAGUCGUUCCGGACUCACAGGGUAUGCUUUCUGAAAAGCUAUGCAUAGCUACUGCAAUGGGGGAGCAUGCCUCUCGCAUUUGGCAAGUCAAAUUUAUCACCCCCAAAGAACCUGAGUCAGAAAAGGCAACCCCAGUCAAUGUUCUCUCCUUCGGCGAAGACUCUACUGUGCAACAGUGGGCCCUUGAUGGGUGGUCAAAGGCGUCUAGCGACAAUGCUACUCAGGAUGCUCUUGGGCUUGAAAAGAUAACAUUGAAGCCCAAAGCCACCCUUGCACAUAUCCAAGAAUUCUCACACCAUACUGGAAAACAUAUAUGGUCGUCUUCUUUGCUUGCUACAGGGCAGCUACAAAGCAGAUUGGCCACUGGCGGUGCAGAUGGAGCUGUCUCGGUGUUCGAUGUUUUUCUUGGCGGGCAGCAGGCAGACCAAGAAACCGAACAAAUGGCUCAUGGUUCACUCGCGGAUGAGUUACCGGAACGCCAUAGGCACCCGAGAUCUUGGAUCAAAUCACUAGAUGAUCUCGUUGAACCGCUACCUCCAGCUGCUGUAGUUGAGGAGCCUGUCGUGGAACAAGCUCCAGUUAUCACGGAGUCCAAAGACGGAAGUCCAGAAGAUGCAGAAAAGAGCAAGAAAAAGAAGAAGAAGAAAAAGCCGCCUGCGGCCCCAAAGGACUCUUUUAACAAAUACGCACUUGUCGGUCCAAAUAAAGUUCUCUUCACAACGAAUUCUGGAAGGGUUGUCGUCCAGUCAGACGCUCCCACCAACCCUUGGCCUGAACUGUCACUCCCCGUCGGAUCUGAAUCAGACCUUAAAUCUUACUCGGUUGUUACUGGUAUACCAGAACACGGGAUUGCCAUAUUGGCAGGUGCGAAUGGCAAAGUUUAUAUGCAUUCUCCAUCUCGAGGCGUAGAACAAAUAGCGGAUUUGAAACACAAGGUAGCGGGACUGUUUUAUAUUUCAAGGACGAGUAGUGAUAACUUACUAGUCCUAGCAACCCUCCUUGGGAGCUCGGAGGCUAGUGUUAUUACGCUCCGGCCCGCUUCUUUAGAGAAAGUGGAUGUUCAAACCAUCCAUUUACCGCCUGCUUUUGUAGUGACAAGUGCAGGCGAGGUCUGUGACUUGAUCAUACUCGGAUCGAGAAACGGCAAAAUCGCGGUUUAUAAUUUGGACGCCGGAGCAAAUGAGCUGAUUGUUGCUCUUGACGAGAGUUUCAAGUGUCAUGAUGCAAUAACCUCUGUUGUAAGGGUUCCAGAAUCCUUCGAAACGCCGGGUCGCUUUAUCGUUACAGCCCGUGAUGGAACUUAUGCUAUUUUUCUUGCAUUAGUCAACCCGCUCAAUGAUGAGGAAGCCUUGACUCUGUUGGUACUUAUUCAUCAGACAUCGCUUCCAUUUGGGCCAAUGAUAGAAGGGGCAUCAUUCUGUGGCACAUCACUGAUUGUCCAUGGCUUUCGGAGCAAAACGUUUAUUGUCUGGAAUGAAACGGAGCAAAGAGAAAUAUGCAGGGUUGACUGCGGUGGGGCUCAUAGAAGCUAUGUUUACUCCCUUCUGCCUCAAUACAGCGGUACCUACUUUGCAUAUACCAAAGCCUCAAAACUACACAUACAUGAGCAGUACCAUCCGUCGCACAACGUCUUGAAGCCGGGCGGCCAUGGACGAGAGAUUAAAACCUGUGCCAUAUCUCCGGAUCAACAAUUUAUUGCUACGGCAGCAGAGGAUACAAAUAUAAGAAUAUGGGACUACGAUGACGAUCAUGACAACGCUCUCGGCGAGAGACUCCAAUGUCAUGUUACCCUGCGAAAACACAGUGCUGGAGUUCAGCACCUACAGUGGGCGCCUUCCUCAGACAAAACCCACUACUUGUUCAGUGGCGGAGGGUGUGAAGAGUUCAAUGUCUGGGCGGUUACGCGCGUACUAGGGGAAGAGCUCGGGGCAGUUUGUGAAGCUACCUUAGAUGAUCUGAGCGAGGAUCGAGACCUGCGGAUUAUGGGCUUCGAUAUUAACGCUAUGAGUAACCCCGUCGAGGUUAAUAUUGCAAAGACCGAGUCGAUGUACUUGAUUGUGAUAGCUUUCUCCGAUUCCACUAUUAGGGGAUAUUGGUAUACAAAAGCCGAUGGUUUCGAAAAGUUCGGAGAGGGAAGAUACACUUCUUCGUGUAUAACACAGAUAAAACUGAUGGUAUCGGUUGAAAGCGGAUCGAGCAUUCUAACAGCCUCGACGGAUGGUCAUCUUGCAUUAUGGUCAUUGGGCGACGAUGGUGAGGACAACGAUGACGAUGGAGAUGAAGUUGCGAAAUUUUCCGUGACGAAGAGAAUUAAGGUUCACCAGUCGGCCAUUUUGUCAUUUGAUACUCUCACAAUAGGACCUGAUGGCUUCAUCAUCGCUACUGGAGGCGACGAUAAUGCGGUGUCGCUGGCGUAUCUCAAUGGCGAUGAAUUUGCAUUGCAGCUAACAGUUCCAUCAGCCCACGCUGCUGCUGUCAGUGGGCUGGGCUUUGUUUCUCACUCACAUGAUUCCGAAACUCAAACAGGAAUCUUUCGCUUCUGCACAGUGGGUGGAGACCAAAAGCUGAAGAAUUGGGAAUUUAAGGCAGUAGUGGAACAAGAACAUGGAGCAUUCAAGCUCAGCGAGUUGGUAUGGCAGGAGGCAGGAGUCAGUGAUAUGACGACUACAACCAAUGUUCCGGAUGCUGCUGGAGUGGCCAUUUUUGGUGGGCAUUGCAGCCAUAUUCAUUGCUUGGUGUAUGGCAAUGGGAUGGAGGUAUUUGAUGCUUAGUAUGAUUAUAUUCUUGGGGGGGCCUACGAAGAUAGUUAGAAUAUUAUGGAUAUUAUGGAUAUAUUAUCUGUAGCUCGUAUAUAUUCCAAGAUGUAAUUCUCGG